ACCCCACUUCAUGGUCAGAAGUUCGGUGACCGUUGGCCAGGUGGGUCCUGACACGGUCAUGGAUGUGGGGUCGAAGGCAGGCCAAGCGGCUCCGAAGUGAGUGAGAGAACUAGGAUAGAUUCCCCCACUCAGGAGAAGGCCGAGGCAAGAAGUUGACUAAGAUGUUUAAUGUUUCUGAGCAUAAGCUGAACGUGGAAGCCAUAAUUAAAAACAUCAACACAAUUUCUUUGGAGUUAGAGAAGAUGAAAGAGCUCUCCGAGGUACUGCUUUGUGAUCUUACCCUACACUUUAGUCAUCCUGUGAAGAUGGAUGCCUUAAAGGAAACAGAAACAACCAACCUCCUCUCUGAAGAAUCUAAAAUAUCAGAUGUAUCCCUUUCUUCUAACAGUUCUUCUCUCUGAUUUCUUAUUUGUUUGUUGUGAAUUUAUAACUAUUUAUUGUUGAAUUAACAAACAUCUGGGAGAAUUGAGUUUACUAAUAUGUUUAAUAUAAUAAAAAACAAAAUGAAAAUAUA